AACUAUCAAGACUCUUUGACGUUAGCCGCCUGCAUGCUGAAUGCCCGCAGCACUUUCUGUUUUCAAUGUUGACAUUUCUACUGCUUAAAAUUAAACCGUGAGUUGUUGACUUAAAUACAUUUUACGGCUGUGGCAAGACUAUGGAUGCACAAAUUUCACCGAACUGCCUGAAAAUAAUACCUUUGCUUUAAUCACAGCCUUUGCGAAUCGCUAAGUUAGCCGACUAGCUAACGCCAACGUAGGUUAGCUUGCUGUAACUGCGUGCCUGGGCUGCGGAUGCCACCAGAGCUUAAAGUUAUUAAUUACCAGUUCAGUCUGUGACACCAUCUGAAUAGCAGACAGCGCCGGACCUGCCAUCAUGAGGAUUUUAAGGUUUCUGAGGAGCAGUGUGUCCAUAGGAAAGGACAUAGACUUUUACUCCAAAUUCUCACCAUCUCCUCUUUCAAUGAAACAGUUUCUAGAUUUUGGAUCAGAAAAUGCAUGUGAGAAAACCUCAUUCGCCUUCCUGCGACAGGAGUUACCUGUGAGGUUGGCAAACAUCAUGAAGGAGAUUAACUUGUUGCCAGACAACUUGUUGGGGACCCAGUCAGUUCGGCUGGUCCAGAGCUGGUACAUGCAAAGUUUCCAAGAGAUUCUGGAGUUCAAGGACAAAAAUGCAGAUGAUGAGAAAGUCACAUAUGAUUUCACAGAUGCAGUGAUAAAAAUUAGAAAUCGUCACAAUGACGUGAUUCCCACCAUGGCCCAGGGACUUGCUGAGUACAAGGAGACCUAUGGCACAGAUCCCGUCGUCAGUCAGAAUGUGCAGUAUUUCCUGGAUCGCUUCUACAUGAGCAGGAUCUCUAUCAGAAUGCUACUUAACCAGCACACUCUGCUCUUUGGUGGCAAGGUGAAGGUGAACCCUGCACAUCCCAAACAGAUUGGCAGUAUUGAUCCACACUGUUGUGUCAGCGAGGUAGUGAAAGAUGCCUACGAAAAUGCAAGAAAUCUUUGUGACCGGUAUUACAUGAACUCCCCUGAGCUGAUACUAGAGGAAUUCAAUGACAAAGAACAGGACAAGCCCAUUAACGUGGUCUACGUUCCAUCUCAUUUGUAUCAUAUGGUGUUUGAACUUUUUAAGAACGCUAUGAGAGCCACCAUGGAGUUGUACGGUGAUGCGAUAAAGUAUCCUGCCAUACGCGCACAGAUUGCUCUGGGAUCUGAAGAUCUAACAGUCAAAGUGAGUGAUCGUGGAGGAGGCGUGCCUCUGCGUAAGAUCGACAGGCUGUUCACGUACACGUACUCCACAGCUCCUCGACCCAGCAUUGACGGGUCACAUGCUGCUCCCCUGGCUGGUUACGGGCACGGACUUCCCAUCUCUCGACUGUAUGCGCGGUACUUUCAAGGGGACCUGAAGCUGUACUCUCUGGAAGGUUACGGGACCGAUGCUGUGAUCUACAUUCGGGCGCUGUCCACAGAGUCCAUUGAGAGGCUGCCUGUGUACAACAAGUCUGCAUGGAAACACUACAAGACCAUCCACGAGGCUGACGACUGGUGCGUCCCAAGUAAGGAGCCCAAGGACAUGACAACGUUUCGUAGUUUUUAGGUAAUAAUGGUCCCAUUGCACAGUGUGCAAGAGAGGUUUUGUGUAGUGAUGGUUGUGUGUAUAUAGAUUCAUCAGAGUAAAUAUGAUAUAUUGCAGUUUAACAUGUCACAUACGGUCAUAUGUUACAUAUUAGCUUAUUCAAAGUGCAACAGACCUGUCAUCUACUUGCUCGUCUACUCCUACCUGUACUGACCACUUAGUGCGGUUUAAUGUCGCCACUAUAAGGUGUUAAAGGUUCUCAGCAAAUAUAUUCUCCUUAGAUCCAUUUCAUGAGGCAUCACUGAAUCAUUUGCUUUGAACUACUGACAUCUAGUGGACAGUCUUGGAAUUUAGGUGGUCUGGAAGACACUUGACGAUUGGGGGACACAAGCUUUGAAGCUUUAUUUGAAAAAGCGCCUUCACCGGGACAUAAGUCUUUAAUCUUAUCUGUGGCAUGUAACUACUGAACUGCAUCCAUCUGAAACAGACUUCUGCUGAAAGCAAGGAAAAUGUUACAUCUGAGGCAAAUUUGGAGACUACUUAAAAGUGGAAGCUCUAUGGGCCAAUACUUUGAUACAUUAUAAAUGGAAUAUAUUUAUUAUACAUAAGUGUUUAUUAGUUUAUUAGUAUUCAUUAAAUGAGUAAAAGUAAACUAGUCCCCAGUGGAGAGAUUAUGAGAUGAGACAGUUUAAUUGUCUCCACUAGUAAAUACUGUGCUACCAUUAGGAGCAUGAGCAGUUCAUGUGAUGACUGGAUCGAUGUCUGUGAUAUCUGAUGAUCUAUUGGUCAACUAACUAAAAAAGCACUUCCUGUCUUGUACUGACAGCACUCCUGAACCUACCAGAGUAAUCAGGACCACAGAAAAAAACAUGUUUUGUAAUUUAGGGGAUCUCUUCCUUUAGAACGUCUGUUAAAGGGUUUUAUUUCACUACUCUAGCUCAUUUUAUAGCAAUGUUCUCCCAGUUCUUCUCUUUGUUAUGUUGGACAUGGAAAGAUAAGAAAUGUUUGCAUGCUGCUGUUUUCUUCUGUUUCAUUUCUGGUAAAGGUGUUUUAGUUUAGGUUGUUUCAUCUACUUUGAUGAUGGACAGGAGCAACAUGAUCAAAAGUUCAACUGUUACCAAACAAAACUGACUAGAGUUGAUGGAUUUACCUUAUUUUCCCAUGGGAGCUGUAUAGUUAAACGGUAUUUGUGAAUCUGUAUUAAUUAUUACAUUUUGAAUAAGCUCUGAAUCAUCUUUUCCACUCCAUUAAAUCCAGUGUAUGGAUUGUAGUCAGUAAAACAUUUUAAACAGAAAUUAUUUUUUUUAAGGCGUGUGUGCAGGUGCAACAGAAACUAAUGGAAGAACUAAGAAGUUACAGUGACUGAUGUCCAAGUUGAAUUUUAACAUCGUUCACAAGCUACAGGCAUUAAAAACGUUACUGUGUUUGUAUCCUGUUGUGUUGGAAAUGUCUAAAUAAAUUAUUGCACAUUA